AGGGACACAUCAGGAUCAGGAUGGUGAGUGCCGACAAUGAGGUCACAGUGCAGGGGCCCUAUGACCUCAAAGAUUCCACAACUCUGGAGCAGGCAGAGCUUGCGUAUCCUUGGCACUGAGGAUGCCACUGCAGAGCCAAAAGCCUGAGCACAGGAGCAGAAGGAUGAGGGCUCUUCUGGAUCUCUUGGGUCUAAGCCUGCUUCUGUGCUGUGCUGCUGGCUUCUCCAGCCUUCAGGAGUCAAAGCAGGACUGGAGGACCCUAAGAAGGCCAAGAAGCAAUGAGGUCAUGGGCAGCAACGAGGUGCCAUGGCUCGUAUCUGUGGCUGGGGUCUGCCAGGGGGUGGUCCUGAGCCGUUGGUGGGUCCUAUCCACUGCCAGCUGUUUGAGAAAUAUAAAUUCAGGCCUCCUGCCAGUGAGGGGCUCAGGGACCUGGCUCAAUGGCUCCUGGAUCUGCCUGCACCCCAACUUUAUGCCCUCAGCUGGGACCAUUACAGCCCAAAGUGACCUGGGCAUGAUAUUCCUGCAUCAGCCGGCCAGGCUGGCUGGGGGGCAGGUCCACCUGGCCCGAGACACUAGCAAGGCCCGAAAAAACUGCCCCUUCUGUGGACAUCGGCCAUGCCACAUCUACCAGCGUCAGAACCCCCAAAAGCCUGGACUCGCACCAGCCAAGAGGAUGGCCGUGAAGCUCCUGGGCUCCUGGGCUUGCCACCACUUGGGAGCUCAUCCUACUGAAACUGAGAGGCUUUGCAUCUGGAGCGAUCCCUGGCCAGGCCCAGACUGUUGGGUACAUGCUAGGUCCAGGGUGCAGGGGAGGGGCUUGGCUCCCCCAUCCCCUGGAAGUCACACAGUAUGGGGGGGGAGAUCUUCCAGGCCUGGAGAGCCCCCCCCCACCGCUUCCCUGGGGCCAUUGCCCCCCCCCCCAAUUCAGGUGCAGCCUGGCAGCCCAGUCCUCUGCCGUUUUGGGAAUCACUGGGAGCUUGUGGGGCUGGUCACCGAGCCCAUGAAGGUCUGCUAUGUCCCCAUCCUUGCUGUCCGCACGGCCCCAUACCUCAGCUGGAUGGAUGCCGUCAUCCAGGACACCCAGAAACAGCCUUUGAGCUUACCCUGUAACCCCUCUGCACCAAGCAGUCCAGACAGCGGGCCCUGGGCACACCUGCCCAUCCCCGGCUCAGGGGUGGAGGUCAUGCCCCAAAAGGAAGCUAGCAGCAUAGACAGCUCUAUGCAGACGCAGCCAGCUGUCCUGGACUUGGCCCCUGGGAUUGGGGGUGGCGGAAAGGCGGAGCGGCUGCCCUCGGACGCCAAGUUCCCCAUAGCUGCCACUUGGCUCUUCCCUGAGCACCCAGCUGAGCCCCUGCUAUUGCCUGGGGGAGCUCUGCUGGCUGACAAUGCCAGCAGCCCCACUGGAGAGCCCCAUAGGCAGUUUCCUCACCCUGUCAGUGAUCCAACCCUAGUCCAGGAGCACUCACCUCCCAACAAAGCCAGAUCCCUGCCUCAGCAGGGUGAGCACCCAACUGCAGCCAGACCAAAGACUCGGUUGGCCACUGAGCCAGCUGGGCCCCAGACUCGCCAAGCUGAGAAGCCAGUCCGGUCCUCAGUCGUCCCCAGGAUGGCUCUAACCACACCCCAGGCUCCUCAGCCAGCAGCUGCAAUGGGUCCUAGGGCCGUCUCGCAAACUCCACUGGCGUCCAGAUCACGGCCUCAUCUGGUGGCUGAAACAGGCAGAUCCCCACAUGUUUCGAAGGCACACGCAGCCCGACCCCAGACUCACUCAGCACCUGCUAUCAUGAGAACCUGGCUUCUUCCAGAAACCAACAGAGCCAAAGCCCAGCCUCCCCCAGCAGUGCUGCCAAAGCCCAACUCAGCCAGGCCCCGGGCUCGGCCUGCCUCUGGCACAGCCAGGCCCUGCCUAGUGCCUAAAGCUGGAGCACCACAUGUGGUUGGGCCCUGGCUUCUCCUCAAGACAGGAGCAGCUGGAUGGCUGACUCAGCCAGCGUCCGAUGCAGCCAGGCCCUGGGUCCCAUCUAAGAUACAGCACACGCUGGAGCCUGUUGAACCCCAGAUUCUGCUGCAGGGUGAUCGCAGUGAUGCUGCACCCCUGCCUCAGCCAGCGGCUGGCACAGCUGGGCUCUGGGCUGUGCCAGCCACAGCUGUCGAUGCCAUUGUCCCCUGGGCCGGGCCUGUGGCUGAGACAGCUUCUGAGGCCAUCAUCCCCUGGGCGGGCCCAGCUCCUGCCAGAGCCCUGGCACCCUCUGUGGUGCCAGGACCUCACAGAGGUGCCCACCUCCUGCCUUCACCAGCUCCAUUGUCCUCAGGCUCCCUUGCCUACCGAGGCCCUUUCCUCUCCCCAAGAUUUUUCCCUUCAUCGCAGUCGCAGCCCCCAGCCCCUGCUCACGCUCAGCCUGCUCUCUUCUCCGGAGCCAUGCAAGCAUUGGCCUGGGGCCCCUCGGGCCCUUUGGUGGCAGAAGCACAGCAGAGCAGCUCCUUGUCCCAUGCUUCCUUCUCAUCUUCCCCCCUCCCCCCUCCCAUAGGACCCUCUCAGCUCACUGGUCCUGUGCAGAGUGAGGAGCUGCCCCUCAGGGUCACCUUGGCUCAGUGCCGCUUGGGCCUGGGUUGGAGGAGCACCUACCAAGCCUACUGGCUCUUCCAGACAGCCUUAUUCUCCCAACGAGGGAUACGCGAGUGCGGGACACGUCCGGGCUUUGCAGCUCAGUGUCCCGACUGCUGGGAGGCGGAGGAGGGCGAGUUCCCCUGGGUGGUAUCACUGCAGCUCUCUCUGUCCCACUUCUGCUCUGGCUCCAUCCUGAACGAGUGGUGGAUCCUGACCACCGCCAGUUGCGCCAACAUGAUACGGAAUUCGGAAUCCCUGGCCCGGGUCCAGGCAGGUGUCAUCAACCUAGAAGACCAGGUCCGGGCCCAGCUUGUGGGCAUCCGCCAGGCCCUGCCCUACUUUGGCCUGCAGGGGCCCGUGGGCCUGGGCCUGCUCCUCCUCCGGGAGCCCUUGCGCUUCCAGCCCAGAGCACUGGCUGUGUGCCUUGAGGAGUCCCCGGAGAAGCCAGUACCAGAGCCUCCACUGCAUCUCUAUGACUGCUGGGUCCCUGGCUGGACCCUGAUCAAGGGGAACCUGGCCACAAUGCAGAAGCAGCGACUGAACGUGGUUGAGGUCAGCAAGUGUGGCCGCUACUGGCCCAUGAAGAGCUCAAUGGCCUUCUGCGUGGAGGCCAAGAAGGUGAUGGGCCAGAACAGCUGCAAGGGAGACCUGGGAGCCCCGCUGAUGUGCCGCCCAAAGCUGCGCCCGGAGGAGACCCCCUGGGUACAAAUGGGCAUCCUCACUGCUUUUGAUGAGGCCUGCACUCGGCCCUACGUCUUCAGUCGCAUCCGCCCCUUCAUUUUUUGGCUCAGGGCCUCCACAAAGCCCCAGCACCCUCCCUGGGCCAGGCCUGCCCGUAGGCCCACCCUUUCUUCCUUACCCAAGCCUGAAGCCCUGGUGAAUCGGAUUUCACUACGCUUUGUGAUGCCCUGGCAAGCACUGAUUGUGACAUGUGGCAGACAGAUCUGUGCUGGCUCCAUCCUCAGCCCUUCCUGGGUCCUCACCUCAGCCCACUGCAUCCGGGACAUGCGGUCAGAGAACAUGGCUGUGUUUCUGGGGCUGCCACAGCCUGGUGGCAACCUGACGGCUGCUCGGGUCUCCAGUGUGGUCCUCCAUGAGCAGUACCGGGCAGUGAAUGGGGUCCCCCGAAAUGAUCUGGCUCUCAUCCUCCUGCAGCAGCCCCUAGGCCCUACUCAGCCCCUGGCCCCUGUGGGCCGUGUGGAUGAUGUGAACAAAGCCGAGUGUUGGCUCACGGGGCCCCGGGAACUCCGAGAGGGUGAGACAGACCAGUACCCACAAGCCCUCCAGGUUCAGGUAAAGGAUGCACUGUCCUGUGCCCACCUCUUCCCUGGCAUCAGGAGCCCUGUGUUAUGUUUGCGUCCUCAGCUGCCAGAAUUCCAAAUGGCUUUGGAUCUCGUGGGCUCAGGCAGUGCGCUGUUGUGCCGCUCACGGGGUGUGAAUGGGACCUGGAGGCAGACUGGACUCACCAGCAUCAAGUCUCUCUCCUUCCUCCUGACUCCCUACUUCUCAUGGAUCUCGAAAACCUCUUCUGUCCAGACUAACAACAUCUCACUUAGUCAGUCUGUCCCUGUUGUGUCUACGGCAGUGGCAGGGCCCAGGGGCCCUCUUAACUUCUUCCCACUAUUGACCCUGUGCUUAGAGUUCCUCCUGGCAUAAGACCAUUUCCCUAAGCCAGGUCCUGCACCCAUCUAGCUUUACCCUGGUCCAAGCCAAAGUGGAGGCAGGACCAUUAGAAGUGGUUGGGAGUUCCUCUUGUCCCCUUAUCUCCUGCUUCCAACAUCCACCAGAAGAGCAGGGCCAGGACUGUACUGGAGACAUGCCAGUAGGGAAGCCCAGCUGUACCUCGCCCUCCCUAAAUGAUCCCUUCCCCCCUACCAGAAAUAAAUACUCACACCCUCUGUGAUAUCCUCUUGUGAAAUCAGAAUCCCAGCAGGCCAGGGGCCAGGAGUGACAUAGAGCAAGUCCAUGCAUCCAAGGGAGCUCAGUGUGUGAGGGGCAAAUGAACUGCACACAAACAUGCCCUCAGUAACUGGCCUCUCCAAAGUCAGCCAUGAACUUUUCAUGGCCAAACAGAAUGGCCUCUUCUCCAUCAUCCUUCCUGCCCAGGCUCCUCCUGGGCUCUCUUCUCCCUUUGUAAGAGAGCUAGAAUCUACUAGGAUUCUCCCCUGUCCCCCUCCACGGGUUAGGAAAAGGUGUAACAAAGCCAGACAUGGGGCAAGGAUCAAGCUGUUCCCCUCUCAUUGCUGUUUCCCUUACUGUCGUCUUGCCCACAUUGGGUUGGGAUUCCUCCCUGACCUGGCUGAUGGCUCCAAACCACACUAUACCCUGCCCUACUGACUAAAUGGGAUUUCCAUUAUGGAGACAAGUGAGUUCAAGACAUCUCGAACUGGAUAUCAACGGGACACCUUAAACUCAACAUAUCCAAAAGGGAACUUGUUUUCUUUCUCCCCAAACCUUCCAUAUUACUGUCAAGGGUAACAACAACCCCCUAAUCCCUAAGGCUCUCAAUCUAAAUGUCAUCCUGGACUCCUUAUCUACUCAACACCACCCCCGUAUCCCAUAGGCCUCCUCUCCUCUGACACUGCUCCUAUCUUGGUGCAGCCCCUCAUCUUCUCACACCUGGACCAGUAGCUGGGGGGGGGGGGGAGGGGGAGGGUCUCCCUGCCUCCAGUCUCUCCCCACUCCAAUCCAUCCUCUUUUCAGUCACCAAAGUGAUCAUGUCAUCCCUACUCAAUAAACUCCAGUGGUUCCCUAGCACCUCCAGGAUCAGAUAUAAAAUAGCAAUAGACCAGGUGUGAGG